CGGUUCCGGAUCGGGCGCUGCGACUCUUUUGGGAGGGUGAGCGGUGGCCUCCGCUGUCCUCUAGUCGCGGAUUGUUGCCAGGGGCGGGCUUGGCGAGGGUGGGCCGCUCGCAGCCAGCCUACUCUAGUUGCAAAAAUCUGGACAGGUCCCUUCAUGUGCUGUGCGUGGUGGAAAGAAGAGCAUCCCUUUUGACGUCCCCCAAGUUCCUGCUCGCAGCUUGGAGAACGGCAGGAUGUGGCACGAAGCCCGAAAACAUGAGCGGAAGCUCCGGGGGAUGAUGGUGGAUUACAAGAAGCGAGCCGAGCGUCGGAGGGAGUAUUAUGAAAAGAUAAAAAAAGACCCGGCCCAGUUCCUGCAGGUCCACGGCCGGGCAUGCAAGGUCCACUUGGAUUCCGCUGUGGCUCUUGCUGCUGAAAGCCCCGUGAAUAUGAUGCCGUGGCAGGGGGAUACCAACAACAUGAUUGACCGGUUUGAUGUUCGAGCCCACCUGGACUACAUCCCCAUGUAUACUCCUCCACUGCUGAACCCAAUCUCCCCAGAACAAGAGUCUGAUGAGAAGAAAUGCAAUUACGAAAGGUACAGAGGCUUGGUGCAAAACGACUUUGCUGGCAUCUCGGAGGAGCAGUGUCUCUAUCAGAUUUACAUUGAUGAGCUGUACGGGGGACUCCAGAAGCCCAAUGAGGAUGAGAAAAAGAAGCUAGCGGAGAAGAAGGCUUCGAUCGGCUACACGUACGAGGACAGCACAGUGGCAGAGCUGGAGAACCUGUCCGAGAAACGGACGGAGGAGGAAGACUCCGAGGAAGACAGCAACACAGACGAGGAUGAAGUUAUCCCUGAUAUCGAUGUCGAAGUUGACGUGGACGAGCUCAACCAGGAGCAAGUGGCCGACCUGAACAAGCAGGCGACCACCUACGGGAUGGCAGAGGGAGACUUUGUCCGAAUGUUGAGGAAGGACAAAGAGGAGGCAGAAGCCAUCAAGCAUGCCAAAGCCCUGGAGGAGGAGAAGGCCAUGUACUCGGGCCGUCGCUCUCGGCGACAGAGGAGGGAAUUCCGAGAGAAACGCUUGAAAGGAAGGAAAAUCAGUCCUCCGAGCUAUGCCCGGAGAGACAGUCCCACCUACGAUCCUUACAAACGAUCACCCUCAGAAUCGACUUCCGAGUCCCGCUCCCGCUCCCGCACCCCUUCCCCGGGCCACGAGGAGAAGAUCACUUUCAUCACCAGCUUCGGAGGCAGCGACGAGGAAGCGGCAGCCGCUCAGGCCGGAGGAGCCCCCCGGAAAGCCGCCUCCCUCGGCAAGGCACGCGCCAGCCAAGUGCAGCAGGGCAGCGCUGCGGCAGGUCAUAGCGCCUCCUCCCGGCGUCGCUCCACGUCCUCCUCUUCCUCCUCCUCCACCUCCUCCACCUCCUCCUCGUCCAGCUCCCGCUCCAGCUCCCGCUCUCACCGGGCCGGCGGGUACCACCGAGCCAGCCGCUACGGCCGCUCCCGCAGCCACAGAUACUCCCGCUCCCGCAGCAGAACCCGGCGCUACUCGGCAGGAGGCUCGCGGGACGGGCGGCGCCACUCCAGGUCGCGCUCCACUGAGCGGGGCUGGCGCUACGGCUCCCGCCGCAGGUCCAGGAGCCAUUCCCGGUCUGGGGAGCGCCACCGGUGGAGCAGCCGGGGAGGGAGGCACUGGAGCAGCAGCAGCCGCAGUGACAGCGAAUCGCGAAGCCGCAGCAGGUCAGCUUCUCCGGCCAGAGAGAAACCGCUGAGGCCUGCGGCUUCCCCCGCUGUAGGGGAGAAACUGAAAAAGGCUGAAACUGCUGGUGGUAAAGAGACAGGAGCUGCCAAACCCAAGCUGACCCCGCAGGAGAAGCUGAAACUACGCAUGCAGAAGGCGCUUAAUCGGCAGUUUAAAGCAGAUAAAAAAGCUGCCCAGGAGAAGAUGAUGCAACAAGAGCAUGAAAGACAGGAGCGAGAAGACGAGUUGCGCGCCAUGGCCCGGAAGAUCCGGAUGAAGGAGCGGGAGCGUCGCGAGAAGGAGCGGGAGGAAUGGGAGCGGCAGUACAGCCGCCAGAGCCGGUCUCCUUCCCCGCGUCACAGUCGAGAAUAUAGCUCUUCAAGGAGGCAUUCACGGUCCCGAUCCCGGAGCCCUCACUACCGCCAUUAGGUUGAUUCCUGGUGCAGUGCUGUGUUGGCUGCUUCUCACCUCUCUGGUUCACCGGGACCUGUGUAAUCCUGCUGUGUAAUGAUGCUGUAAACUACUAUUCUUGUUUUUAAGAUGUCAGAAAAAUAAACCAAAAAAAAGGAAAACAAAA